GAGCAAUGUUUCUGUCGCUUUGCUCAUCGGAAUAUGCCCCGAAGAGCUAUCAGGCCCCGAAUCCCACAGUGUCCGAGCGUUCUGAUUUAGCUUCCGCUUUGUGCUAAACUAUUGAUAUGACGGCGGUGGGAUCUACGACAGUGACAACUGAGCUAACCUUCUAUUCUCAUUUAAGCAAACGCGAUAGUAAGUCACCACCAGACGCGUCUUGUGUAGCCAUGAAAGGGGUGGCCUGCAACCCUGAAGCGAUGCUCUGGAACGCAGCGUUGGCACACAAGGGAUCAACCCUCCUUCGUGGGAAAACCCUCAAAACCUCACUCAAGAUCCUUCGCCUUUCCCCAUGGGUAUCCGUUCUAGAGGCAGCUCCAGUCGCAGUCCUACCCACAAAAACCACAUCAUGAGCAUCAUCGGAGGGUACCCAGCACGGCGCUUCAGCCGCGCCAGACGCUUAAUCAAUGCGGCUGGAGUGAGCGUCUUUUUCCUGUUCCUGUGGAUCUUCCGUGAACAGCUGGGUCUCGACCGUGUUGGCAUAGAUUCGAGCCUUCCGUGGAUUCCGCGAUUAUCUCAUCAGGGCAUCUUUGACUUCGAGCCGAUCAAUUCGGACGUCAUUCGAGCGGUUUGCGACAAGACGGAGUGGGAUACGGGAAAGGCAAUGCAGGUUGUGUUUACAUGCGACAACAAUAUCGGCGGGAUUGGGAAUAUCCGCAACUCGAUCUUGAACUGCGUACGAUACACGAUGCUGGCCGGGGGCUCGUUGGUCAUGCCGCGCAUCUUCAAGCGCAGCGACUCGGACAUCUCCCACAUCUGGACGGGGCGGAGACAGGAGAUGGAGUACCUCUUUGACAGGCAACACUUCAUCGACUCGCUGCACCUCUCAUGCCCCCAGCUGCGGCUCUACAACGACACCGACGAGGUCUACGAAUCCCUUGGACCAGCACGAACAUGGUCCCUCGGCCUCUUCCCGGAAUCCCUUGUCGAUGAGGAGCAAAUCGCCAGCACGGGCAUUGAGCAUCCGGAAAAGUGGCAAUCGCAGCUCCACCAGUGGCUCGAAGACAUCAACAACACCACCGACACCGCGCCGACCGGGCGUCCCACGGAGGGCCCGAUGAUGGUGGACCUCGGCCGGUCAUACCUCACUUACCCGACCAACAGCGACGGCGAGGUCUUCGCGACGACCUUUGGCACCAUUCUCGAGUUCCGCGCGGACGUCCAGCAGCUCGCGACCGCCACGAUCCUCAGCAUCAACCGGCACUUCUUCGGCGCGCACCUGUUCACCGAGAAGGACGCGCUCGACAGCUGGAAUCCGGUGGAUCCGAUGCGCCAGUGGACCGAUUAUAGCAAGCAGACGGACGCGUUCUUUGACCAGGCGAGUCGAUGGGGCUUGUCAGUCAUGUACGUCGCGUCCGGGAACGAGACGCAGGUGGCGACGCUCGAGGCGGACGCGGUGCCGCGCGGGGUGCGGGUCGUGACGAAGCAUGACCUGCUGACGGGAAAGAAUCGCAAGAGGCUAGAUGCGUUGACAUGGGAUCAGAAAGGCAUAAUUGACUUCCUCGUCAUGUUGGGAGCGGCUCAGUUCGGAGGCGUGGGACCUUCGAGCUUUGCGUGGAACGUAGCGCUGAAGAGGCAUCUCUUUACCAAGGAGAUUUCCAAGGAGAAGGACGCGUUCUUGAAGGGGCCGCAAAUGUUCAGUGAUGAUCUGAGUCAGAUUUAUGGCGUGCCGGGGAAGUAUCCCGAGUACGCGGCGUGUUUGUGGCCAUAAUACCGUUGCUGGUAAGGUAUUAGUUGAAAGAAAGAUGCUUCUUCGCGCUUGAAUGAAGGUGUACUCUCACAUUACCUAAGCAUCGGCUUGCCUGUAGACAGGAGGCCUGGAAGAGACAUUUUGAUACUCACCCUGGAGGCUUACUAAGCUACUGGAUGCGCGGGGUUCCCUGAGUGAGCAGAGACUCUUGGUUCUCCCCAUCAACCUUUUGCGU